GACUUACAAACACCCAUAGAAGGGUUCAAUAUUAGAGAAAUCGAUGCAGUGCCCUCUCGUCCCUGCUGCGAAGUGAAAUUGGACUUGGACUCACAUCAUUGAACUGAACAAGUCGCGGGAAUUAGUCAAAGAAAUCUCUGCCCAUCAUGGUCGACUCGCACAGCAUCUUCCAGACCGACGUUCUGAUCUGCGGCUCCGGGUCCGCCGGACUGACAGCAGCGCUCUGGUUAGCGAAAUACGGCAUCGCCUUCCGAGUUCUUGAGCGCCGCGACGGGCCCCUGGUCAAAGGGCAGGCUGACGGAGUGCAGUGCCGGACGGUUGAGAUAUUCGAAAGUUUUGGACUGUCCGACCAGCUCCUGCGGGAAUCCUACCAUGUGUUGGAAUUGGCCUUUUGGUCUCCGGACCAGGACACGAAACUCCGCGAUGGCGAGAACGGCGGCAUCAAAUGGUCUCAUUACGCCCCGGACACCGAACCUGGUUUGAGUCACCAGCCUCACGUUAUACUCAACCAGGCUCGCAUUAAUGAGAUGAUCACGAAAGAGAUGCUGAGGUGCGGUGGUGCAGAGAUCGACUACGGCUACGACGUCAAAUCCGUUCAUGUGGACAAAAACGCCGCAGGCGAUCCAGACUCGUACCCAGUCACAGUUACGGCUCUUAAAAACGGCGUCGAGCAGGUCUUUCGCGCAAAGUAUGCCUUGGCAUGCGACGGUGCGCACUCGGCCGUCCGCAAAGCUCUGGGCUUUCAGAUGCUUGGUGACUCCACCGACGCCAUCUGGGGUGUUAUGGACCUCUAUCCCCGGACAACUUUCCCCGACAUCCGCAAGAAAGCCGUCAUACAAUCCGUGAGCGGUAAUCUGAUCAUUAUCCCUCGCGAAGGUGACUCCCUUGUCAGAUUUUAUAUCGAACUACCGCCGGACACCGUGGCAAGCAAAGUCACGUUGGAAGACCUUCAGAAACGAGCCAAGUUGAUAUUCAGACCAUAUGAAAUGGACAUCGCAGAGACGACAUGGUGGUCCGCUUACCAAAUUGGACAAAGGCUUGCAGACAAUUUUCACGAGCAAUACCGUGUCUUCUUAACGGGCGAUGCGUGCCACACCCACAGUCCAAAAGCAGGCCAAGGAAUGAAUGUCAGCCUGCAGGAUGGGUACAACAUCGGAUGGAAGUUGGGUUCUUACCUUUCAGGCCAGGCGACCGAGGAGUUGGUCAAGACGUAUGUCAGCGAGCGGCAGCAGACGGCGGCAGAGCUGAUCGAGUUUGAUCGCAUGUGGAGCAAGAUCUUUAAAUCAGGGGCGACCAACGGGGCAGGGGCAGAUUAUGUCCGAGACCAGUUCGUGAAAUCAGGGAGAUACAUGGCUGGUCAGGCAUACAAAUACAGCAAAUCCAUUAUCACAUGGCCAUUCGAAGACACUCCGAAGACUAAUGGGGUAGUCAGGGACAAGCGGAAAUCCCGACUAGUUGUGGGGAUGCGGCUUCCCAGCGCACAAGUGGUUAGAUACAGCGACGGGAAGGUCCAUCAGCUGCUGAGCGUUUUCCAGUCAGAUCGCCGAUGGAGGAUAGCUGUAUUCGCUGGGGAUAUUCAACAACAAGAAACAAGGAACCGUCUGGAUCGAGUGGCCUCGACCCUGGAGUCGACAGUCCGAGCUUUCACGAGUGAAGGCCAAGACGAGGACAGCAUUAUUGAGAGCCUGCUCAUGCUCAAGACGAAAAGAACAGCCAUUUGUUUGGAUAAUAUCCCGAAAGCUUUCAAGCCCAUUACAGGAAAACAAAGCAUUCAAAAUAUCCACAAGGUAUUUGUGGACGACGAGAGUUACAACUCGGGGCACGGUUACGCAUUUGAUACAAUCGGAGUUGACCAUGAAUCAGUUACAAUUGUUGUAGUCAGGCCCGAUCAGUACAUCGCAACCAUCCUCCAAGAACAAGAAGCAGACUGGCUCCAUACAUUCUUCAAGGGUUUUCUGAUUACCCGGACCGGAAGAAGCCCGUAAAUAUGUCACGACAGACGUGGAAAUCUCCAGUGAAAGAGUGUCUCCGAUUUAAAUGAAUCAAAUAUUUCGUAUAUCACCAAGCGCCUAGGCAAAGCAAAU